GUGAUGAAAAACCACACAAUAACAACCUUCAUUCUGUUGGGACUAACAAAUGACCCUCACCUUCAGAUUCCAAUUUUUAUUUUUCUAUUUUUCACUUACAUGUUAAGUAUAACUGGGAACAUGACCAUCAUGUUUCUCACUUUGUUUGACUGCCAUCUUAAGACACCCAUGUACUUCUUUCUACAAAAUUUCGCCUUGCUAGAAAUUUCAUUUACAUCUGCUUGCAUUCCUAGAUAUUUGUACAACAUAGCAACAGGUGAUAGGUCAAUAACAUACAAUGUUUGUGUUAUUCAAGUGUUUUUCAUAGAUAUUUUUGGAGUAAUAGAAUUCUUUCUUCUGGCCAUAAUGUCCUAUGACCGCUAUGUGGCCAUCUGCAAGCCCCUGCAUUAUGGAACCAUCAUGAACAGAAGGGUCUGCAGGAAUCUCGUGUUCUGCUGUUGGCUGGCAGGCUUGAUGAUCAUACUUCCACCAUUCACUAUGUUCUUAAAUUUGAAAUUCUGUAACUCCAAUAUUGUAGACUUUUUCUUCUGUGAUGCGUCUCCUAUCCUGAGUAUUUCAUGCUCAGACACAUGGCUCAUAGAGCAGCUGGUGAUUGUCUGUGCUGUACUGACCUUCAUUCUGACCCUCGUGUGUGUCGUUCUGUCCUACAUACAAAUCAUCAUCACCAUUGUAAGACUCCCAUCUGCCCAGCAAAGAAAAAAGGCCUUUUCCACAUGCUCUUCCCACAUGAUUGUGGUUUCCAUCACCUAUGGAAGUUGCAUCUUCAUGUAUGUCAAACCUUCAGUGAAGGAAUCUGUUGUAAUUAAUAAGGGUGUAGCAGUGCUAAUGACAUCCAUUGCUCCUGUGUUGAAUCCAUUCAUUUACACUCUGAGGAACAAGCAAGUUAAACAAGCCUUCAAGUUAGUCAUGAAAAUUAUUUCCUUACACAGUGAUCUAACAUUUCAGAACCAAUGA